AUGCGUCCAAGCAACCUCUUCCGGGCGAUGCAGCCCCUUCGCUCUUCUAUCGUCAGACCUACUUCGACCUCAUCCUCCGCCGCACACAUCUACUCUACCAUCUCGACACCAAUCCGCCGCUUGAAUUCGACGACCGCUACACCCACGGAAACCCAAUCGUCUACAGCACCUUCCACUCCAUCGGUGGCUCCUCCUUCCCUCCGCAGCUACCCCUAUACCUUGAAGACCGGCACUGUGGUCUCCGUCGGCCGCAUGGACCGUACUGUCCGCGUCUCCCAUCGCCACACCAUGUGGGACAGUCACAUUCGCAAGACAUAUCCGAAGGUUACGACAUAUCUUGUGUCCGACCCAAAGAACUCCCUGCGCGAAGGGGACGUCAUCGAGUUCUCCUCUGGAUACCCAAAGAGCCGAAAUGUGCGUCAUGUCGUUGAGAGGAUCAUUGCGCCGUUCGGCGAGGCAAUUGAAGACAGACCGGCUGUUAUGACACGUGAAGAGCGGGACGCAGAGCGCGUGGCCAAGCGAACUGUCAAGUGGGAGCGCAGGGAAGCCAAAAGAGCAGAGGGUGGCGAGGGCCAGAGCUUAGGAGGACAAGAGCACGUUGGACGGAUCAGGAGGCUAGUAUAUGAGCGUACUGGGGCCCAGUAG